UGAUCAGCACAGUUUCCGUAUUUAGAACUUCCUCAAGCCCUACAGCCACUCCUCCACCUCCUUCAGAAGAAAGAUCUCUGUCAUGUAACUGCACCAGCUCUCUUGCCCAGUAUCCAGAAAAUGUUUUUUCUGACAAUUCUGCUGUUUUCCUACUGUAAGCUAAGGACAUGUUUCUUUCAUAUUACAAACCUUUCUCAAGCAGAACCAUUGUUUCUUGUCUGAAAGCUUUUCUUCUUCUUCUCUUAGCUCAAAUGUCUCAACAGAUACAGAAAACAACUGCAAAUGGCAAAGAGAUGGUGUCCAAUCCCAAGCUGCAACUGGUUCAGGGCACUUUGAGUGUGGUGAUGAAGCAGAAUGUGACCCUCUCCUGCCUCUCUGAGCCUGGAUCCCCACCUGUCAGAUACACUCUGUUCAAGCACAACCAGCAGGUAUCUGUUUUCAAUGGGUCAGACUUGAGCCCUGCCCUGUUCACCCUGACCAUCAGCUCUGCCAGCGAUGUGGGGGAAUACAAGUGCAAAGCUGAGUACAACAACUCCAGUGGUGGAAAAUACAGCAACAGCCUCACCUUCACCCUCUUAGAGCCAAUCUCCAAGCCAGUGCUGAGCUCCCCCACCUCUCAGGCAAAGCAAGGCCAGAACGUGACCCUGUCCUGCUUCUCGGAGAACGGAUCCCUUCCCAUCACCUAUCUGUUCUUCAAAGGAACACAAAACAUUUCUCCCCAAAAGACAAUGCAGAAGAGGAAAGCAGCUGUGAUUUUUCUAUUUAUCAAUUCCCUUCGUGACUUUGGAACCUAUAAAUGCAAAGCUAAUAACAGUUUUCCCAAUAUUACAAAAUACAGCAACGCUUUCAACUUUACAUUAGCAGCAGAAGAGAGAAGCCAUUCUCAGCCCCUGAUAAUUUCUCUUGGGCUGAUCCUGCUACUACUUAUAAUAGGAUUUGCUCUGGCAAUUCCGUUUUUCCUAAUUCCUUUGUAUAAAGCAAAAAAAUUUAAGUCUUCCAGGCCCCCAACUGGCCUUAUUUCAAGAGUGAAUGCAGAGGAGUGUGAAAAUGAAGUCAUAUACUCAGAGAUUGAGCCUGUUAGACCAGAAGAAGAAUACAUCAACUUCUCUGUUAUUAGAAGAGAAGAGGAAAAAGCAGGGAAGAGCCCAUGUGCUACAGUCUAUUCAAAGGUCCUCAUCAGAGACUGAGUACCAGGUAUGAUUAUCAUUUUUUCUGAUUAACUUAAUCACAUACUUUUAAAAUUUUCAGCCCUCAAAUGCGCUAAAUUCCAGCAAGCCACAUACAAAGAGAUGACAUUCAGAUACCAAUUUCCUGGCCUAAUCAGUUUGUAGACAGACAGUGUAGCUCACUUUUGAAGCAAAAUCUCUGAGCCAUAAUAUCUAUGGACUUCAACUUAUGAGAAAAAGCAAACAGAUAAAAUUUAGAAUUACAUGUAAAGCUUUCACACAGAUUUACAUUCCUGACCAUAAAGUAGAAACUGGAUUGUUUGCAGACAUAAGAUAACCAAAAGGGUUUUGUCUAGGUUAACAAAAUAAAGAAAAAACAUCCCUCAGGCACCAGAGGAUCUGUAUUGGGCCUCUAUGUACCUGCAAGGAUGGCAAUUUCACAGUUCAACAGUAUUUCAGCUCUCAGAUAUGGAUAGGUUGCUAAAAUUAAUUUGGGGACAGCUGAUUUAAAAAUAAAUUCUGUAUCCUGCUACCAGCUGUUUCUAAGAUGUUGCUGGGUUGCUUUAAUACCAUUCCAUAGCAGCUUAUUUAGAAUUCCAUAAGUUCAGUAAGUCACAUUAUGCUAACAUUGAUUAUAUCUGGCAUAAAUACUCUAUACUGCAAUUAUUACUGCUGUUAAAAAUAACUCAUUUUUAGUUAAGUGAGCACCAUGUUGGUA